AUGCAAGUGCUGUUGCAAAUAAAAGAGGGAUACACGCCAAUCGAGUUCCUUCAACGUGACGGUGUAUGCGGGCGCGCGAACGCGUCUAGGUUCCAGGCAGAGCUCCGGGCUCGGAGGCUGCGCGAUCUGUCGAUCAAUAGGGCGUCCCCCGCUGCCAUGCACCCCCUCCCUGACCCCUCCACCGCCCCUCCCUCCCCCACCGCACCCCUCCCGGGCCAGUACAGCGCCCGCAGCCACCCAGUUCGCUUAACGGGACGGCUUUUCCUCUCC